CUUGAUCAAAUUUCAGUUAACACAAUCUUAGCUUCUCUCAAGUUUCAAAGCCAAAAAUGUCAACCACCGUUGAUGUUCCAGAAUCAAGCAAUGUGGCCAAAGGAAAAGCAGUGUUAGUAGCACCUCCAAGGCCAGGAGGGUGGAAGAAAGGGGUAGCCAUAAUGGACUUCAUUCUAAGGUUAGGUGCCAUAGCAGCAUCUCUUGGUGCUGCUGCUACUAUGGGAACCAGUGAUCAAACACUCCCUUUUUUCACUCAGUUCUUUCAGUUUGAAGCUAGCUAUGAUAGCUUCACCACUUUCCAGUUUUUCGUUAUCACAAUGGCACUCGUGGGUGGCUAUUUGGUCCUGUCACUACCUUUCUCUAUAGUAUCCAUCAUUCGUCCCCAUGCAAUUGGACCAAGGCUUUUCCUCAUCAUCUUAGACACGGUUUUUCUGACUUUGGCCACUGCUAGUGGUGCUUCAGCUGCUGCCAUCGUUUAUUUGGCACACAACGGGAAUCAAGACUCGAAUUGGCUUGCCAUCUGCAACCAAUUUGGAGAUUUUUGCGCGCAAACCAGUGGAGCAGUGGUCUCAUCGUUCGUUGCUGUGGUUAUCUUUGUGUUGCUCAUUGUCAUGUCUGCUUUGGCCCUUAGAAGACAUUAGAAUAUUAAGAUGCAAUCAUGCAGGGACCAAGUUUUACCUGCUUUAAUUAAUUAUUGUUAUAUGUUUUGUACUCCUGAAAUAUACUUCUUUUGGUUGUGAUGAUGUUAAUUCUUCCUUUCAUGAAUUGAAGUAAUGAUGUGUCAGAUUGUUUGCAAUGAUUUGGGCAAAUGUUAUCGAUAGAAUAUUACUUAUGGCGUUCUAAUGUUAGAAGUUUGA